CGAAAUUUUGCAGUCGGGCCUCUUGAAGAGGACUGUGGGGGAGGGUCACGUGACGUGUGUACACACUGUAGAGUUCAGCACCACUCGAUUCGUAGUAAGAUCAUCAGCGUCCUCCCCUUUCCAGAACAAGCUUUGACGGACCAGAGACGAAUAUACCAUAUGCAACUGUGUUUUCGCCACAUAUCGGCACCUUGAUCGAACGCAUUUUUACUUUAUUCAUUUCACACGAGAUCCUGGUAGUCUAGCUACCGAUUUGGGAGCUUUUGUCAAAGUAUAGGAGGAGAAAUGUCAAUGGAAAUACAGCAGAACCCGAUGCCUCCGUAGAGCUGUCUCAGUGCCAAGAACUGGUCCUCUGGUGAGUAGCUGAUUCCGAAAGAAGGAUCGGACACCUUUGGAAAUCUAGAAAUGUGGAGCUGCAUGGUUUACAAUGAGACGGACGACAGCGUGGACCUCCGGCUCUGCCAGGACUUUGGACUCAUUCUGUCCGUCUUCUCUCUGGUGUACCUCAUCGUCUGCUUUCCAGUGGGGCUUUGCUACAAUGCCCUGCUGGUGGUGGUCAACCUUUCCAACAAGGUCACCAUGACCAUGCCUGACGUCUACUUUGUGAACAUAGCUAUUGCUGGCCUGGUGCUCAACUUGGUGGCUCCAGUAGAGCUGCUGGGGCCCAGUUUUACACGCUGGCCCAUGUGGGAGUACAACAACGAGCUCUACAUUACCCUUCUCAUUCUCUUCAACAUCUCCUCUCUGGUCAUCAUGUACUCCACGACCUUGCUCAGUCUGGACUAUUACAUUGAGUGGGCUCUCCCGCGCACCUACAUGUCCAGCGUCUACAACACCAAGCACGUCUGUGGCUUCAUCUGGGGCGGUGCCAUUCUCACCAGCUUCUCUUCUCUGCUCUUCUACGUAUGUAACCACGUCUCCACUAAGAUCAUCGAGUGUUCCAAGAUGCAGAACAAAGAGGCGGCUGAUGCCAUCAUGAUGUUCAUUGGGUACGUGGUGCCAGCGGUGGCUGUGCUUUACGCCUUCGUGCUGAUCCUCCGUAUCAGGAAGGAGUCCACCCCUUUGGACCAGGACCCUGGGAGGCUCGAUCCAUCCAUCCACAGGUUGCUGCUGGCCUCUGUGUGCAUGCAGUUUCUUCUAUGGACUCCAUACUACAUGACCUUACUUGUGCACACAAUAGCUGGAGCUCCUGGAACCCAUUCCAACAAGCAGCACCUCACCACAUACUUCUUCCUGAGAUGUUUAUCCGAGCUGCUCGCCUUCUGCAGUAGCUUCGCCAUUCCCCUCAUGUACAGGCAAAUGAACAAGAACUUUUCCCAUAAACUCCAGCGGCUUCUAAAGAGGCUGCACUGCGGGGACCAAUCGUGUCCUCACGAACGCUCAACAGUACAGCAGGUGGUCACAUGAGGGCUCGUGUCCAGUCAGACCUGCUUCUCCCUCACCGGCACUUACUCCGAAUUCACAGAAGUAGAGCCAGCACAUGAACCUGGAUAUAUAUUGCGUGCUGAAAGGAAGUAUUUUGCUCACCACAAGGAGUGGUAUGUGUCUCUGUGAAAGUGUGGAACCUCCGUAACACUUAACGACUUAACUUUAUUUGUCCAUCUCUGUGGUGAAUGGGCGACCAAGAAGAAACCACUAAGUGCUGUUUUUGUGUAAGCUAUGUCUAUUCUUUGGGUUCUUGGGCCUGGGGAAAAUCUCAACCCUUCUGAUGGUCUUUUCGGUGGAGGGGGGAAAUGUCGAACGUUUGUAAUCUGUUACAGGAUAUGUGGCAUAGCCUUCUAAUGUGAUGCUUUUAGACCAACCUAUUCCCGUUUAGCUCAAGGCUACAUUUCGCACCAGGCUCUCUGUGUUGUGAUCCACAACAGCAUAAGCUCUUCAGUCUGGAUUGAGUUUUCUGGUCACACUUUUCAUAAAAACCUCUGGUAGAUGCUAGUAAACGCAAUAUAAUUACCUCAAUUUCACACACCAACGGGCAUUACAUUGGAACGGUCUAACCAACUUUU